AAUGAUGUAGCUGCCUACAAGAGCAGAAGAUAGGGAAGUUAAUAUAUUUUACUCAUCGCUUCAGUGUUGAGUGUUUCCACUGAAGGUCAUUCAUUUGCGUACGCUCGCUUCACGUUCAUUUCAAGGGCUGUGUCGGAGCUCCUCAAUAGCAUCAUGUCUCCAAGAAGGUUUUUUGUCGGUGGGAAUUGGAAGAUGAAUGGUGACAAAAAGAGCUUAGGCGAUCUUAUCAACACUCUCAAUACUGCCCAACUCCAUCCUGACACCGAGGUGGUCUGUGGUGCCCCUGCUAUCUACCUUGACUUUGCCCGGUCGAAAUUGAGCUCUACGAUUUUCGUGGCUGCACAGAACUGCUACAAGGUUCCAAAGGGCGCCUUCACUGGGGAGAUCAGCCCUGCAAUGAUAAAAGACUGCGGUGUGGAGUGGGUCAUCCUGGGACACUCGGAGAGGCGCCAUGUUUUUGGGGAGAGUGACGAGCUGAUUGGUCAGAAGGUGGCUCACGCAUUGGAGAGUGGCCUGGGUGUCAUCGCCUGCAUUGGUGAGAAGCUGGAUGAGAGAGAGGCUGGAAUCACAGAGAAGGUUGUCUUUGAACAGACCCAGGCCAUUGCAGACAACGUUAAAGACUGGAGCAAAGUUGUUCUGGCCUAUGAACCCGUCUGGGCUAUUGGAACUGGCAAGACUGCCUCACCAGAACAGGCCCAGGAGGUUCAUCAAAAACUGCGGGAAUGGCUGAGAGCCAACGUGUCUGAGGAAGUGGGCAACUCUGUCAGAAUCAUCUAUGGAGGUUCAGUGACCGGUGCCAACUGCAAGGAGCUGGGCUCCCAGCAUGACGUGGAUGGCUUCCUAGUUGGCGGAGCCUCUCUGAAGCCAGAGUUUGUCAACAUCAUCAACGCCCAUGCAUAGAAGGCAGGAGGGAGCGCUUUCAGCAGUCAUUUCUGUCAAAUGACCAAUUAGUCAGUCCCAUUCCCACCUUUGACCAGGGAUUAU